GGCCGCUCGCGGCGGUGCCUGUGCGGGAGAGCGCGGCAGCCAGGCGCGGCGGGGUCCGCCGCCCGCAGCAGGUCACAAUGGUUUCCAUUCCUGAAUACUAUGAAGGAAAGAAUGUCCUCCUGACAGGAGCUACUGGCUUCAUGGGGAAAGUACUUCUGGAAAAGCUGCUCAGAUCUUGUCCUAAAGUGAAAGCAGUGUAUGUAUUGGUGAGACACAAAGCAGGGCAGACACCUGAAGCACGAAUAGAGGAAAUAACCAGCUGUAAGCUCUUUGACAGGUUGAGAGAGGAGCAGCCAGACUUCAAAGCAAAAAUAGUAGUAAUUACAAGUGAACUUACACAGCCUGAACUGGAUCUUAGUGAACCGAUCAAGGAGAAGCUUAUAGAAUGCAUUAAUAUUAUAUUUCAUUGUGCUGCUACAAUCAGAUUCAAUGAAACACUAAGAGAUGCUGUUCAGUUAAAUGUGAUUGCCACACAACAGCUCCUCUUCUUGGCCCAACGAAUGAAGUAUCUAGAAGUGUUCAUGCAUGUUUCGACCGCAUACGCAUAUUGCAAUCGGAAACACAUUGAGGAAAUAGUUUAUCCACCUCCUGUUGAUCCCAAGAAACUGAUGGAUUCUCUAGAGUGGAUGGAUGAUGGUCUAGUGAAUGAUAUUACUCCUAAACUGAUAGGCGACAGGCCCAAUACUUACACAUACACAAAAGCCUUAGCUGAAUAUGUAGUACAGCAAGAAGGUGCAAAAUUAAACACAGCCAUUAUAAGGCCAUCUAUUGUUGGUGCUAGCUGGAAGGAGCCUUUUCCUGGAUGGAUUGAUAACUUCAAUGGACCCAGUGGUCUCUUCAUUGCUGCAGGAAAAGGAAUUCUUCGAACAAUGAGAGCCUCCAACAGUGCAGUAGCAGAUCUUGUUCCAGUAGAUGUUGUUGUCAAUACAACACUGGCUGCAGCCUGGUAUUCUGGAGUUAAUAGACCAAGAAAUAUCAUGGUAUAUAACUGUACAACAGGUGGCACCAACCCUUUCCACUGGGGUGAAGUUGAAUACCAUGUAAUUUCUACUUUCAAGCGGAAUCCUCUCGAACAGGCCUUCAGACGGCCCAAUGUAAAUCUAACUUCCAAUCACCUUUUAUAUCAUUACUGGAUUGCUGUAAGCCAUAAGGCCCCAGCAUUCCUGUAUGAUAUCUACCUCAGGAUUACUGGAAGAAGCCCAAGGAUGAUGAAAACAAUAACACGUCUUCAUAAGGCCAUGAUGUUACUAGAGUACUUUACAAGCAAUUCUUGGAUCUGGAAUACUGAAAAUAUGACUAUGCUUAUGAAUCAACUAAACCCGGAAGACAAAAAGACGUUUAAUUUUGAUGUUCGACAACUACAUUGGGCAGAAUACAUGGAAAAUUACUGUAUGGGAACAAAGAAAUAUGUGCUGAAUGAAGAAAUGUCUGGCCUCCCUGCAGCUAGGAAACACCUGAAUAAGUUGAGGAACAUACGCUAUGGCUUCAAUACAGUUCUUGUGAUCCUGAUCUGGCGUAUCUUUAUUGCAAGAUCGCAAAUGGCAAGAAACAUCUGGUACUUUGUGGUUAGUCUGUGUUACAAGUUCCUCUCCUACUUCAGAGCCUCCAGUACUAUGAGAUAUUGAAGAACAGAAUUUAGCAUUCGGACAUCUAUGCAUUUGGUGGUCUAACUGCACAAAGCCUGUAACAUGUAGUCAUCUCAUAUUUUAUAAAAACAUAAUUUCAUCUUAAAUUGGAGUGCGAAAUAUACGGUAUGGUAUAUGUAAUAUUAGUUGUGUAUUUCCAUAAAAACAAAAUAAAAUGGUCAGGUGCCAGGUUGAAUUGGCAUUGGACAAACAUUUAAAACAAUUUAACUCCUUGACCUGGGGAAAACCAUUUUUAGACCACUGACCAGCAUAACUGUGCAAUUUGGAAUGCAUUUGGUUGAAAUCUGCCUUAACAUAGGUUGUUUUUUUUCUUUUAAUUUUUACUCCACAUUGAGCAAGAUAAAUAUUGACUUACUAGUUGCUAGCUAUUGUAGACGUAUUUAUUUGAAAUUCUUCUAAAUUGCGAAGGGUUUUAUCAAGUUGCAAACUUGUAUAAAUGGUGGUGGAUCUCCUGGAAAAAAAAUUGUAGGACUCUUCUGUAAUUUGUUUUUACUUUUUGUCGCUUUCUCUCUUCCUCUCAAAGUAAGGAUGUUAAGGGUGACUACUUUGCUUAAAAAAAAAAAAAAAAAUCCUCCUUUAAUUACUGAAAGGCCUUUUGUCUGAUCUCAUCUUCAGAAUGUGCUCGGUGAUUCAUUUCUGUGCUUGGAAUUGGCCUCAUACAGCUUGCAUUUAUAUCAGCAUGAGCAAUUUGUUUUUCUGAAAGCAGAGUUGAUCUCAUCAUUGAAUAGAUAGAAGGAAAUGUAACUGAAGAAAGCUACAAAUCAUUGACCAUCCUCUUUCUUUAAUGAUUUUAUUGGAAACACAGAGCCAGCACUUGAAUGUCACACUUGACUUUAAAAGGUAAAUUUAUGUGAAAGGAUUUUAACAUGCUUAAUUGCUAUUUGUAGUACUGAUGAUUGUAGCUGGACAGACUGUAGGCUAUUAAGAGAUAAACUUGUAAAGUUUUGAGCAAAGUUAGCAAAUUCUUUGUAAAUUAGGAUUUUUCUUUAAAUCUCUCCGAGCUAUGAAGUUUGCAUGGAAAAUGCCAAUGCGUAAGCACAUUUUUCUCCUCCUUGCCCCAAUAAAACCCUCAUUUCACUGAACAAGCAGAAGGAGACACACCUUGCUUCUAAUUGAAAUAUGUUAAUAAUUCUUCCAUCUGUCAUUUAACUUAAAUUCUUAAGGUUAAAUCUGAAGAAAGUUAUUUUUCCACAUGUGUGUCUGUUUUGGUAGGGAAAAUAUUUAUUGAAAUAGUGAAUGUAAGAAAAGAUGGAAUCCCUGUUUAAAGCAACACACAGAGUUCCCUCUAAAUUUUGGUGGCUUAGUCUAGUUGAAAACAUUUUAAUGUUCCUCUUACUGAUGCACUGACCAUCACCCUUGCCCAGUGUUUGCUCAUUGAAAUUAUCAGUUUAUGCUUUAUGUGAAUAAUACGUUCUUAAAUCUGCUUGAAAAGGCAAACAGUAACUUAAUUAGACAAGAACUACGCUAUACUUGCCCUUAGUAGUUUUUUGUCCUGUUUGAAUUAAGUAAAGAACUUAUUUUACUAUUUUUGUGAAGAGCUUACUUUAAAGAGAACACCUUUCAUGCAGGUGUAUAUCUCAUUCUGAAAAGAUAACGGCUUCCUUGUUGAAGCUAAAUAUUCUGUAGUAACUAGCUAAACUGUAAUUCUUUUUUUUUUUUUUUUUUUUUUUUAAGUUACCUAUGUGUAUAUAUAAAGUUAGUGAUUAAAAGUCUAAAUGGUCUAGGACCACACCUUGUGUGAGAGACCUCUGACUGUGGCUGAAAAUAAAUUAUGGCUUCUGUGAUUGAAGAUGUUAGAGUUUAACAAAUACAUUUAGGUGUAUUACAUUGUAGUUACCUCCUCAAGCAUCCUUUUACCCAACCCAGAAUUAUGCUUAAGCAUUCCUGCACUUAGACUUUUUUUUCCAGAGGUGCCUAAAAUCCAAUGACACCCCCCUUCCUGUGCUGGCAUGUGACUGAAGUUGACGAAAGAAAUAUAUCAACAUUGUGAAAUUUAUUUCUGUGAAACAAUUCGCUUAGAAAUUUUGGUUGUUUGUAGCCAUUAUAUACGAUACUUUCUACAUUUAUUUUGUUAAUACUGAGGACUACAGAACCAAUGAAUUGAUUAUUUCUGGUACAGAGCACUGGUUAGGAAUUUAUUUUUUUGAAUAAUUGAAGUAAAGCAUUAUUUUAAGCAUAAUGAUACCUAGCCGCUACUCUUUCAACAUUGUCAUUUUAGAAACCUAAAUUUUUUCCUCUUUGGAGACAACAGUUAUCUGUGCACUAUUGGUAUUAUGCACAAACUCAUCAGUCAUCCUAUCUAAUCAACAACAGAUUCAAUAUCGUACUUUUUACAUUAGUUUUGUCACUUCCUGUGGUCAGUCUGUAAAAUUCUAUCUGAAAAUACUUUUUUUUUCUAUGUCAAGACCCUGUUCUGUUGCAGUCUUUCAUACCAGUGUUUGCAUAUAACAGAUUUUGAUCAAAAAAUAUACUGGAACUAUAUUUUGAUACAGUCAGCUAGAACUGACUAGCAAGUUACAGGAGAUACUCUGACUACUUAAUUAGGAAGACGAACAGUUGGAAAACAUGUGUUCACUUAACAGUCAUAUUAGUAUUUAAAUUUGGGACCAGGAAAAGAAGCAUUUUCCUGUAAUGUUUUUUUCUGCUGUAGGAAAAGACAUUCUGAAACAAAAAGGCUAAAUCUGUGAGCUUUUAUAAGACAUAAACAGAAAUAUUGGGUGCCUUUGUUUGUAAACCAAAAAUAAACAAAUCCCUUUAAAAUGUU